GAUUGGCAAAAAAGCUGGCGCUGCUGCUGCGGGCAGGUAAAAGAAGGUUCAGGCGACACAAAACAGAAAACAUUAUUCCUGGCAGAAAGCGAGGGGAGAAAUGGAAACCAGGUGAAACGAUAUCUUGGCUGCGGAACUCCUAAAAAAAAAAGCGACGUGUGUAAAUCUGUGAAAACAGCGCAACACCUUCUGUUUCCUUGGGAAGAAAGUGGCGUUGUGUCAACCAUCGUUCAAGCUCCCGGGCACGCUUUGUACAGCAAGCAACUUGGACAGCUGCGCGUUUUCAAGCGAGCCAUCAACAAAGAAUGAAAGCAUUCAAACGAGCUCUGGAAGACGAGCAUCGCCCGGAGCAGGAGCACUCCUCUGCUGUGUCCGACAGCGAUGAUGGCUCUCCCCUCGACCUGUCAGGAAGAGGGCUCUUUGGGAAGCGCCGUCGCCGCGGCAACCUGCCCAAGGAGGCGGUGCAGAUUCUACGGAGCUGGCUGUACGAGCACCGCUUCAAUGCCUACCCGUCAGAGCAAGAGAAACUGAGUCUGUCAGGCCAGACCAACCUCUCUGUGCUGCAGAUCUGCAACUGGUUCAUCAAUGCACGCCGUCGUCUCCUCCCUGAUUUGCUUCGCAAGGAUGGCAAAGACCCCACAAAGUUCACCAUCUCCCGCAAGGUUGGCGGCAAAAACGAGUCUAACGGAGAUGGAGCCAGUUCUCCACGCAGCAACUCCUCCACCUCUUCCUCCUCUUUUCAACAUCGUCCCUCUGUCAUCCGCUCUGCUCCCACAUUGGACCUCAGCCUUCUUGGGAGCACGGCGACAGCUAUCCUGACGGGAGCGGGCUACCCUGGCAAGGAGGGCUCAGUCCAGGCUCUGUUGAGACUAGAUACGCAGAGUCUGCUGAGGGAAGCGGAGGAACAGGGGGCUUCUCUCACCAGCACAACAGCAGCCAGCCCGACCAGCGGCCUCUUUAACACGCCUCCCCCGACUCCUCCCGAGCUGUUCCCCACACAGGACUUCAGUGACUUAAGGCUCCUCGUGGAUGCGGCUCUGCAGCGCGCAGCGGAGCAGGAGAACCUAAAGAGACUCAAGGAGAGCCAGAGCAGACCUGCAGAGGCUUCAAAAAGUGAACUUGUGGAGGCUUACAGCAGUGACUUGGGACCCACGCCGCCUCCAGAGGACAACCAGCAGGUCAUGGAUCCUUCAAGGGUGCAAAGUCUGAUGGAGAAGGCAAUGGCUGCUCCAGCUUCACCUGUAACUUCAGUAAAGGCUUGGAUGCCUCCCACACUACCAGCCUCUGUACCAGUCCCAACUCCGGUUUUAGUAUCUUCACCACGGCUGUCCCCUCUUCCGAUGAAUAAAAUCAUCUGGAGCCCCUUGGACAAGGAUCCCGCCAGAUCUUCCAGCCCGACUCAGCCUCUCCUUAUCCCUGUGUCUGCCUCAGUCUUGGUUGAGCCAAAUUCUCAGAAACUUGCUGUUGCUCCAGUUAUCCCCCAAGCUUCACCGUCAACUCCAACCUCAGCCCCACUGCUCACCACAUGUCCUUCAAUCCCAGCUACAAGGCAAGCCUCUAUGCCCACACCAGUCCUUCUCUCGGCCAAGCAAAGUUCCACGUCUGUCACUGCUAUAAGCCAGUCCUCAGCGCAGGGUGUAGCGCUUGUUAAGGCUGCCCCUAGAGGAGUUCCACUUUACUUGCCAUUCCACAAAUCUCCCCUAACCCUGUCGCUUGUUCAUCACCUGUGUCAACCGCAGCUUCAUCAACAUCCCCAGUUCACACCUCAGUCCUCCCUACUGCAGAAGCUCUAACUUCUCUUCACUCUUCAGCCCCGAUCACUUCCACGAUCACUUCUCUCGUGAGUCAGGCUUCUCAACACAUUUCUGUUCCUCUUCAAGUCUCCUCCUCCAGCAGCAGCAUCAAUAGCAUUAGCAGUAUUAGCGGUAGCACGCAGAGAAAUUCAGCAAUAGUGCCCAGCGUUUGGAGCAUGGUCCACACUGAAACCAGACAACCAAGCUCUCUUCAAGUGGUGCAGACCCCCAUCAGCACGGUCUGGGGCCCACAACACAGCCUGCACACAGUGAGCGAAAUAGUUAACUAGGAGAUUUUUUUUUUUCUUUUUAUCGAUGCAUGUAUAUGAUUGGAGGAGAGAGGCCAGGUCAUUCCCUUUGGCUGGACAACAAUGUAUAUAGGAGAAUGUAUCUUUAUCCCUUUUUGUCAUUAAGUGUGUACCUGAAGAAACAGAGAAUGAAAGGAGACCAAUGAACUCAGAAAAAGUUUUGAACGGACAAUAUACUUGCUGUUUUAAAUAUUUUCUAUAAGGAGGCACCUGCUGGUAAGAACACUACAAUGAACAGUACUCAGUUUAGAGUCAAAUUAUGUACCUUUUUUUGGGCGGGGGGGGUUCACAUCUUUUUCCACUUGACGAUAAUGAAUGAAAAGAUAAAAAUAUCCGGUAAUUGUAAAAAAAAAAAAAAAUCCAGUCGGGUUAAUUUCCAUCACCAGCAGUCAGUUAGCCUCUUCAGUAGCAUAACCAGACUUUGAUGAAUGUACAAAAGACAUUCAUACCUACCUUAGCUGCUUGUCAUUCAUUCCCCUCUUAGAGGAAAAUGUGUUUUUUUUUCCCCUUUAUUUUUCCCCCCUCACACAACCACAUCCACUUUUUUCCCCUGGAGAUAAAUAGAAGGGAAAGUGAUUGUACUCGAGCCGGACUGAAUGUCUUGCUAUAAACACUCCCCCUCCCCCAUCUAUCUUCCUGCAUUUUAAAAACCAAAUGGAUUAAUUAGCCCUUGUGAGUCAUUCCAGGGGUUUUGCUUUUCUGAACUAUAAAACUGGUCACACUUUGUUUUUUCUCGCUGAAAAUGAAGCCAUUGGGUCUUUUCUAUUUAUUCCACCCUGAUCAGUUGUGUAUGUAUUUCAGGGACUUUAGUUGAGGAGACAGGAUGAGGGAGAGAAGGUCACAUUGGAUCUGUUACAGAAAUCAAUUUGAGUGGAGAGGUGAGCAGCUUGAUGACCCAGUGACAUCAAGCGCUUACAUCUCCUCAGCUGAAACAUUACACUCGCUGGGAGUCAAGGCGACUAGUGCUGCACACUUUAUAUGUUAAAUCAUCAUAUUUAUGAAAUAUGAAUUAUCCUGUUUGAUGUGGAUGUUAGGACUUGGGCAUUGUAUUUCAAACCUGAAUGUCUUACAUGAGUAAAGUGUCUUGAUGAAGCUAAUGUAGCAGAUGAACUGAUAUAGCUCAAAAUUUCUGGUUCUUUUUUUUUUUUUUUUUUUUUUUUGUUAACCAGGAGGGUCCAAGAGCAUUAAACUAAUUUCAUUUCCCCAUCGGUGCUUUCCAUCUGUGUUUAGAAAUGGUUUCUUUCCAUCUUUAAAUCAUUCACAAAGCUGUAGUUUCCAUGAAACUGUCUUAGCACGAACCACAAUAUAUGGCUGCAUGCCAUCUGGACUUCUAUUAACAGUAGCAUCAUGUGGAUUAAUUCCCAUGUGAACAAUACCUUAGCAGGAUCUAGUACUGUCAUGUUUACCUGUGUCUUUGAGAUGUGCUGAGUUUAAACGGUUAUUUGCAUGUUUGAGGAGACGGAAGGAAAAGUCUGAUGUCUGAAGAAAAAAAACUAACUUUUCCAUGGUAGAUUUAUAAACUCAAACACUCCUCUUGUAUUUCCACUUGGGUUCUUUUAAAUUAUUUUUUGUGUCGCCCAUCACUGCCAUUAUUGAUCUGUGGAUGUCGGUGAACCUUCCCCCCCCCUUUUUUUUUUUUUUCUCAUUACACAGGUACACACUAAACUGAUGUGCAUUUAUACCUCAAUUUCCACAGGUCCUGUCAGGCUUGGGUAACAUGUAGAAUACUAAGUAUUAAAGUGAUUUUUUUAUUGUUCAUACUGCAUCAUGCCACUGUGACAACACCUUAUCGGUUAUUAUACUGGAAAUGGCUGGCUUCAGAUGAGACAUUGUUUUGUUUUGUUUUAUUGCAAGGUUUCUAUGUGAUUUUAGAUGCAGAGUUCCGCUUCAAUCAGAACAGACAAUGUGAUGAUGUGUGUAAAUAUUUUCAGUCAAAUUUUUUUGUUUGUUUGUAUAGGCAUGAACUUUCAAACUGUAUAGUUUUUUUUCUUUUUUUCUUUUCACAGCCAAAUGCAUUCAAAAUGUUUUUCAAGUUCAUGUUGUGAAUCAUGACCGUUAGCAGUAUGACUGGCUGCUGUGCCUUAAACCUACGACUAAGGGAUAAUGUCUCUUUUUAUAUCAAAACUUCUCAAUAGUCUGUGCAAUAUAUGCCUUAAACUUUAAAUGUGUUUUGUACAAUAAUUUCAAUGAAAUAAAAGUUCAGUUUUCCAUAAGUGCUA